GCGCAGGUCCGCCCCGGGAUCACCGCCCGCGCGCCGCGACCCACGUCCCCCGCGGACGGGCCGCCAGCAGUGCACCCCCCCGCGCAGUGCAAAAAGAUGGCGGGAUCGGUGGCCGACAGUGAUGCCGUAGUGAAACUAGAUGGUGGACAUUUAAAUAACUCCUUGGGAUCUCCAGUUCAAGCCGACGUGUACUUCCCACGACUGAUAGUUCCAUUUUGUGGGAAUAUUAAAGGUGGCAUGAGACCAGGCAAGAAGGUGUUAGUGAUGGGCAUCGUUCACCUCAACCCUGAGAGCUUUGCCAUCAGCUUGACCUGUGGUGUGUCAGAAGAUCCUCCAGCCGAUGUGGCAAUUGAACUCAGAGCUGUGUUCUCAGACCGGCAGCUCCUCAGAAAUUCUUGUAUAUCUGGUCAAAGGGGUGAAGAACAGUCAACCAUCCCUUACUUUCCCUUCAUCCCAGACCAGCCGUUCAGGGUGGAAAUUCUCUGUGAGCACCAACGUUUCAGAGUGUUUGUGGACGGACAUCAACUUUUUGAUUUUUACCACCGCAUUGAAACAUUAUCUGCAAUUGACACCAUAAAGAUCAAUGGGGACCUCCAGAUCACCAAGCUUGGCUGAUGUUGUUUAAACCACCUCUGUUUCAAAUAGGAUCAGGUGCCACAACUCUCUGACUGUGAGCCUGGAAGAAGUGUCUUAACAAGAUCCUGGAGACUUAAAAAGAAAACGAAAGGCAGGCUUCCCUGUCUCUUCUUUCUGUGUAGUUUAAACCCAAAAUGACAACUUCAACCGUGGUUUGCCCUUAGGAAGCUGUCGGAACAGACACCGAGCCAUUAUCCCUACAACAAAGUAAUACAUUUAUGCUGGAUUUUAUUCAGACUAUAAAACGGAAUUGGAUUUGUGAUGAUUUGUGAUUUGGUAGCAAGUUAUUCAUCUUUUCAAAGCAAGGUGAUCUUUAGAAACAAAAGUGCUAAAGACUUACAACAACAACAACAAAGACGGUACGCCGACAUCAGCUCAUUUCUGCACUGAAGUGGAACCGCGUAGCACAACCAACAUUUUAGUCAGGGUACUUAUAUAGAAUGUAGGUUGUUCAAGGUUUGUUUAGUUGGUUUUUUUUUUGUUUUGGGGGGAUUUUUUUGCACAGCAUAAUGUUAAUUCAGAUUUUUAAAGCUUUCUCAUAUUUAUUUAUACUCAACAUAUGUAUUAAACAAUGAUUAAUCUCUCAAGAACAGCAAGUUAUGAACUUUGAAUGUACAAAUAUCUUAGGUCCGAGGGGGGAAAAAUACAUAUUACAAUUAUGAAACAGGUGAAUUUCUCUACCUUAAAGAAUUGAAUCAUAUCUUCCAGGCCCUUAAACUGGGGAUCUCUUGAUAGAAAUUGCUGUAAGUGCUUUAGGGAAGGCUUUGCAACAUUUCGAUAAAAGUUGCUUUUCAGGUUAUUGACAGUUAUGUAAAAUUCUAUUUACAUUGUUUUUUUCCUCCUUACUGUGAAUUAGCACAGUAUUGGCUUCCUUAAGACUGACUAGCUACUUUUCCCAAAAUUUACAUGAUAGCUCAUUAAGUUGCUAUUAAACUAAUUGACAACAUAAGAGGCGAUUGCAUUGACAAUUUUUAAAUGACUAUUAUAUAAACUGUUAAGAGUAUAAUAUGAAAAUGAUUCUGGAAUGUCGUGUAAAGCAGAAGCAAAUGGCCCCAAAUAGCUUACAUGCGAAUAAUUUAUAUCAACUUAAGCUGUUAGCUCAUUGUAUCACUUUUAUUAUGUGCCCCUCACCAGUACCCCUAAGCAAUGCCUUGGCAGCUUCAGAGUAGAGGAUGCUUCCUACUUGGUUGGCUCUGCUGAGAUACUAGGAUAAGAUGGGAUCCAGAUUAGGAAGUGAUCCAGUUAGUUUAUCUGUAAGGUUAACUCCCAGAACUCCAUGUCUUUGAGUCCAGCCAAUAGUGUGAAUGCUUCCAGUUAAGCUAUAGGAGUUUCCCUGCACUACUGUAAAUGUGACCACAAGGCCAGGGAUGGUCAGAGUUCUGGGUGCUGGACUUCCCAAAUUGCACUGGCCCUAAAGAGAAGGACUCUUGGCAUUGCAGUAGGCAGCGCGGGGUGGAGGGGAAGGGGUGCUGGGGUAGGGGUGUAUUUAUAUAUAAUUUAGGUUUUGUUUGUACAGCAUACCGUUUCUUGUUAUGACACGUCCUUGUCCUGCUUUGCUUUUGAGUUCUUUUAUACAACAUGCAGAGGCACUGAAGUGGCCACGUCAUUUUCACGUGUCAAGAAUGUAGACAGUGUUUCAGUACCAAAGUCUAAGAAGAGGCAAACUAAAAUUGUGAAUUUUUUAUAGGUGAGAUAUGUGGAUUCUUCUCCACUUUGAAACUGUGUAGCACAGUUCCAUUGUGUUAAUAUAAGAAGAUACUGUAUCCAACAAGACAGGCUGAGCAUUGAAAAGCUUUAUGGACCAGCUGACUUAAUCAGCCAUAUUCAGUCAAGAGGGCUCUUCUGUGGCUCCAGGGAUUUUUCAAGCCUGUGAUUAACUUCUCAUGACUCGUAAAGCCACUAGAUUUUGAGGAGGAGUGUUUGUAGAGAGACUUAAAGGGCACCCUGAAAUAUUCUGUUUGUAGGGGUUUUGAUUCUGCUUGUGGUGGAAGACUCGCAAGUGGAGGUUUCCUUUGAGUGGCCAUCCAUUCCCAUGCACUGCAUAAUUCAGCAGAAACUAGAGGAGGUGGGAGUAUAACUGAUUGGAAUUGACACUCUGUACUCUACCUAUCAGCUGACUGGUUAGCAGCCAAGCCCUUAGGCAGCUUCAUGUAAAGACACACUGUUAACCCUUCAUUUCCCUGUGAGGUCAGUGGGAACCUCUUGGGUAAGCCUAUUGGAAUUCAUAUAAAUGGUGUGAUGGUCUGAUUCAGAUAUAACUAAAUUAGCAGGGUCCUAAUCUAGCUGUAUUAAUCGUUAGCCGUAAGCUGGAAACAAUGUUCACAUCCUCUCAUUGGCUUGUGAGGUCUAAGGUGGGAAUUCAGGAUGGAAAGUGCAAUUUAAAGCUUCACAGGCAAGCAUUUGGGUAUGCAAGGAGUUAUUUCUAACCAGAGCCCUCAUUUUGCAAAUAUGACCCAAACCAAGGAGUGUAACUAACAAUCAGGCUCUGGGGGAAUAAAAGGCAGGCUUUAGACAAUCCGUCCAUUUCUGUAUCAAAAUUAGAGUGAGUGUGUAUCUCUACUAAAAAGUUAAUAGAAGUGACUUCUACUUCCUGGGCUGUCCCAGAAUUGUCUUAAAAUUAUUAUUUUUUUAAAUUUGAAACCCCAUUUCAAAUCUUGCCAACCCCAGUUCAAAACCCUCUAACAGAUCACUUGUAGAAUUGAUGGUGAUUUGUUAAAAUGGCAAAUCCUUUCAUUUGUAUUAAAAAAGAAAAUAUCCAAAAGAGGGAGGAAGCUCCGUUUCCUUGAGAAAAGCAGCCUUGGCAUUUUCUGGCAUUAAUGUAGAAAUAAUGUUCCUCUGAUGAGAUAUUUUCAAAGAAACACUUUCUUAUUUUACUGCGUGGUGUAACAUGUGCUAAAUGUGUUCUUACAUUAUUAUGUCCCUGCUGAAAGUUAUUUGCACUAUAAUAAAGGAAUUUUCUACAAAA